CAGUAUGAAAUCUUCUUUUGGCAUGAUUAGAUCAUAACAUUUCGCAUUGGCAUCCUACGACUACGCGCGGUAUCGCAUCGUAACGUGACGUGUUCGUGUGUAGUUCAACACGUUUAAAGACGUUUCGAUUUAAUGAUUUAAGCCCAACACAAAAAACUCGUAGUUUCUGUUUUGUUUCUUUAUGUAUUUUUUUUUCUUUCCAAUAAAUUAUUUGUUCGAUUCUGUGAAUAUUCGUUAUACGAAAGUUUGUUAAAACACAAACAACAACAUUAAAGCCUUUCGAAGUGAAAAAAUAAAUAAUUCACCGCUUACCUUGCAUUGGGUGAUAGAAGCAAGCAAAAAAUAAACGAAAGAAAAAAAAUAGAAACGUAAAAGAAAACAUCAGCAGAAGUCGACAUCCAAUAUUCAAAUGCUUAUGAAUACGAGAGGCAUGAAAAUAAAUGUUUAAAAAUACAUAUUUCCCUGCAUUGAAAACAUAUUUGCGAAAGUGACAACAGCAACUGAUUUUAAUGUCCAAAAAUAACAAAUAGGUGGAAAAACACGCAAUACAUGUUCUUCCAUUUUCAAAAAAGAAAGCAACAAAACAAAACCAACCGUUUGGAACAUUCAAAAGGCUAGCAAAAUACUUUUUCGAAAACUCACAUCACCAACCAAUGACGCUGAGAUAAUGUUGAGGACACCUACGCAUUUUGUUGAGAUCGGUACGAAUACAACAAAAUCCAGCACACCGCUCAUACAAAAACUACAGCACCAGCACCAGCACCAGCUUCAUUCAGCACCAGGUACCAAGUACCAUUAUCAUGAGCAAUAUUCCAAGAUUGUCGACAACCAGCAAGUUUGUCAUUCAACAAAGAAGCAACAGCUACAAACCUCAAAAAAUAUUAAUAAACUGAAAAAGAAGAACAAAUCUUCUUCGUCGUCGUCAUCGUCCAACGCCACCUCGACUUCCAUAUCGUCAGUGUCGAGUGUCGACUCAGCGUCCACCAAUACUACCAUCAGCAAUUGUAGCAAUACAACGACGACAUCAUCGCCACCGCCCUCGUUGACGUUUAAAGAGCAUCUACUGAGUAGAGGGCUUUUAUCAGGAUCGCCGUUUUCUUUUAUGCGCCUGAAGAAGGCUAAAAACGCAGCAGCCGUUACAACAAAGACCACGGAGUUGAGGAAGACCUCUAAACGUUUUGUGGACUUUGUCGAUUGUAGCAGCAACAAUAACAGCAACAGCAGCGGCACUAACGACGACAGCAGUUAUCGUAAACUCAGCAAGACGGGUGCUAAGAUUGCCGCAUCAGUAACCUCAGCAACAACUGAAGUAAAGCCUUCGAUAGCAACAACAGAAACUAAGUCAACACCAACAGCAACACGCACAACAGGUUAUUUUGCCAAUAUUCUCAGUAGUAGCGGUAGCAGUAGCAGCAACAGUAACACUAGUAGUAAAAAUAAUAGUAGUUCCAGCCACAGCAGUAAUACCAAAAACAUUCACAACAACAAUAAUAGUAACAUCCUCAACAACAACACCAACAAUAACUAUUUAAACUCAUACACAACAACAAAAGCAUUAUCAGCAUCUAGCAAGACAAAUAAAUCGCCAUCGUCAACAAAAUCAUCAGCUGAUCCUCAGAGUGUUGUUGCGACUCAAUACCAUACCAGCACCAUCUUGCCGUUUGUUUCGUUUACUAACACUGUUGUGGCGCCUCCCACCCUUGUAGCCACAGCCGUAGCUUCACCACCCAUAGCCAACGCUGCAACAGCAACGACGACGACAACGACAACGGCAACAAUGUCGCCUACUACACAGGCGCCACCAGCCGCACGUACCUCUCUCUUUGAUUCCUGUCAUCGCAAGAUACGCUUAAUAGGCGGUGGCCCAGUUGCAUUUUUGGGCGGUCUAGUUGCAAAAGCUCGUCGCAAAGAACGAGAUGGCGACCAAAAUUCCACAGACACCAAAUUAUAUUUGGAGGAAAGUGUUCUAGAACGUAAAUUACCUGAAGCUGAUCUCAAAGCUCUUGUUGAUCUACCAGCUGGUCUAGAUUACAACGAAUGGCUAGCAUCACAUACCUUGGCUCUUUUCGAACAUGUUAACUUGGUAUAUGGCACCAUUAGUGAAUUUUGUACCACAUCGGGUUGUCCCGAUAUGACGGGACCGGGCAACAGAACGUACUUAUGGUUUGAUGAGAAAGGCAAGAAGACCCGCGUAGCGGCCCCACAAUAUAUCGAUUAUGUGAUGACGUUCACCCAAAAAACGGUUAGCGAUGAAUCGAUAUUUCCUACCAAAUAUGCCAACGAAUUUCCCAGUUCGUUUGAAUCGAUUGCCCGUAAAAUUUUACGCUUGCAAUUUCAUGUGAUAGCACAUCUCUAUGCGGCCCAUUUCAGAGAAAUCGCGCUGCUGGGAUUGCAUACGCACCUUAAUUUAACAUUUGCCCAUUUGACCGCCCUGCAUAGGCGAUUCAAUUUAAUCGAUGAGAAGGAGACGGACGUUUUGCGUGAUUUAGAAGUGGCUUUAAGAUUAACCGAUGACAUAACCAGUAGUGCUGGCGGUGGCGGCGGUAGUGAAUCGGGCGAUACAACGAUGUCGUCGACUGCGGGUGAUAGUGCGAAGCAGGGUGGGGAAGAUGUCAAUUCAGUGCAACACAAUAAUACAACAACAACAUUAUCGCUGAUAGAUGGAGGUGGUCCGAUUUGCACCCAGCCUGAGGCUGGUACAAAGCCACCACAGUUUGGUGUGGGCGGCGGCGGAGGCCUGAUUGGCGGUAUUCUAGGUGAUUUAAGUAGCGGCGAAUUUGGUGAUACUAUGCAUUAUUGUACUUCAGCAGUUCCUGCUCCCUCCACUAACUGUUCCGCAACAAGUCUCCUGCAGAAUACGACGCCUUCCACCUGCAACACCAUGAAUGGCACCUGCAGUGUGGCGGCAGAUCAGCAGCAUACGCCAGCAGCAUUAGGAGGCGGGGGCGGAGGUAGUGGUGGCGGCGGCGGUAAUAAUGGUAAUAAUGGCGCAGGCGCUUUUCACCAACACAAUAAUAAUAAUCAUGUAACACAACCCCAUCACCAUCAUCCACAUCAUCAUCAUGCGGUGCACCAUCACCAUCAUCAUCCGAAUCAUUUUGCGCCAAAUACAGGCCUCAUACAGUGCAAUGCUAGUAAUGCUCCUACAGCAACAGCUGCUACCACAUCAACAACAACAGCAUAGCUGCUCUAGAUUAAUUCUCAACAACAGCAACACACCUUUUCCUACUAUUACAACAACAACAACAACAACCACAGCAACAACUAUAAUAACAACAACAACAAAUGUACUAUCAUUACCCUAACUUUUCAAUUUUGAAAAUGAACACAACAAGAAAGUAAACAAAAUAUAGUUUUAAUCGAGUAAUAAAACCUAACAGUAAAGUUAAAUAAACAAAUUAAUGUUAAUAUAUUUAAAAACAAAAACAAAAACAAAAAACAACAAAUACAAUGUUUUAGGAGUUUUUAUGCAAAAACAACAAAGUGAAUACGUUUUUUCGUUUAAUUUUUAUUAUUAUUAUUAUUAUCAUUAUUAUUAUUUUUUAAACAAAUCAACCAACAAAGAAAACAAAUGUUUUUAGCAAAUUUUCAUUGUGAAAAUAAAUGGCAAAAAAUUCUUUAAAUAAAUUUGAAAUCACUCAACAACCCCAGACUCCACACCACUUAUUCUCAAUCUACAUUAGUACAUACAGAUAUGUACAUUUACAUAUGUAUGUAGUGUACAAAUGAGUGUCUGCCACAUAAUGGAAUUCAUCAGAAAUUAGUGCGCAUUUAAAUGCAUGUGUGUGUUUUUUUUAGUUAUGAACUAUUUAGCCAGAUUUAUCUAAAUUUUUAGAACAUCUACUUUGUAUGCGUAAUAGCUUGGGUCUUAAAACAAAAUAUACGAAUCCCAACUAAAAUCCCAGCAUGUCCGACUUUGACGCUGAACGACUGGUUUCAAAUCCCGACGAGAAAAUUAGCAAUAAAUUUCAGCGGUGGUUAUCCCCUUCUAGUGCUACCGCUACUUGUGAGGAAAUUGCCUUUGGUUAUCAGCCGUGUAAACUUCUUUACUAGGUGGUGUCGCUCUGCGUCACACCGUUCAGACUCGACAAUUAAAAAAGAGGGCCCUUAUCAUCGAGUUUUAACUUGUAUCGAACAGCACUCACUGAUAUGAAAGAAAUAUCACCGCUGUUGCUUAAUGGAAUGUUCAUGGGCAAAUCUGCAUUAGCAUUCAUUUGCAAUGCCAAUGAAAACAAUCAGCAUAAAAAGGUUCCAGUAUCAAAAUGUUCAAUACCUGUGAAUAUCCUAAACAAUGUGCUUUUAUCCUCUCAGGCCAGCGAUUGGCCUAUUCUAAUUUCUCGAUCGAAAUAGUGCACUUAGACUUAGAUUCUCCUAUGUAUGAUGAUGACUGUAGAAGUCGCGAGAUGUGUCCCGCUUGUAACCUGCUUGGACGCACGCGAUCUGGAUAUUUAAUAGAACUGCGCAAGCGCAAUGUGCACAACGAACACGCAAUGUACACAACAACGAAACAUCACUGAGCGUGAAUCGUAUUACUAGUAUCUAAGGCCAGAAGGAAAGUAUAGACAAUAAUUGGGAUUUAUACAUGCCGCACUUGAGUUGAAUCAAUGUGUCCAUAUAAUGAAACAUACACCCAGAGACAUUUGUUAGCAACAAUUUUUGGUGUAACAACAAAACUGCUUUAAAUGGACAGCGGUAAUUUUUUGCAAAAACAGCAAACAAUCGUUCGUUGUUUUUAAAUAGUAAAAAUUGGAAAAAAGCCUAAAAAUUUUAUAAAUACUUCAAAAAUGUAUUUUUUCAUUUUAUCUUUUUGUCUUAGGCGCAUAUAAAUUAAAUUUUUUCCAAUUUUAUCAAAUUUUCCAAUUUUCUGGCGAUAAAAUAACAAAACAAAACAAAAAAAUUUACGUAUGAAAUUGCCAAAAUUUAUAUACAUAUGUAUGUAUGUAUGAAGCAUAUGAUUGUUUAGAAGUCCAAAAAUUGUGUAUUUAAAUAUCAGCAGACUAAAUUCUAUGGGUGCAACUUUCUUUUAAAUCCCAAUUUGUGAUCAGGGCGUUGCCCCUGGUUGCUUGACCCCAACUUAAAUCACUGAUUUUUGUGUUUGGAUUACGAUUAAAGAAAAACAGAAAUGCACAUACAUCUGUUGACCCACCUCUAAUAUAACUCGGAAAUAUCACGAAAUAUUGGGACCCUUCGGUUUAGAUUAUUUGAUAACUGCUCUACGAACGUACUACCACCAACACCCUAACUCGGAAUUUCCCACCUUGCAGAUCAUGACCUUGAAAUUCAUCUGCAAUCUUAUGAGUCAAAAUCGUAGAAAAUUUUAGCUUCUUAGCAAAAUUUGAUUUUAUUGUUUUCAAUGAAAGUUUUACAAAAAUAUUCCCCAUUAAGAUCUUUACUCUUUUGCAUGCGCUUUAACCAAUUUUCGAAGCAUUUUUGCUACUCUGAUUGAAGUAUCUCGAAAACAUGCAUUCUGAACGCAUCAACCGCUUCUUCAGGUCACGAAAAACGUUGACCUCUCAUUUCAUUUUUUAUGAACGGGAAUAAAAAGAAAUCAUACGGGAAUAAAAAGAAACCAAAUCGAUAUUUUGAGUGCUCAAAAAUGUAGUUGUUUUGUUUUUUUGGCGUAUUUCUUUCAACCAAUCGACACGAGCCUUUUUUUGAGCGAUUAACAAAUUAUGUGGGAUCCAACGCGAUCAAAUUUUUUUCAUGAUCAAAUGUUCAUGCAAUAUUGAAUGCAUGCUGGUCCCACUAAUACCCAAGGUUGUCUCAAUCUCACGAUAGGUUACAUGAAGAUCUUGCAAUAUCAGUCGGCGCACAGCAUCAAUGGUUUUUGGAACAAGAACUGACGACCUCGGUUGAAUUCACCAUACCAUCGAUAAACCUUGAUGGAGCUUCAUCGCCAAAAAUUUAAUUAAGUUCAUCGAUGCAUUGCUUUUGUGUUAGUCCACGUCGAAAGUUGUAAAAAAUAAUCGCAUCAAAAUGUUCACGAUUUAAUUCCAUUUUUUGGGCGAGAUGAAUCUUUAUGUCACUGUAAACAACAGAGUAAGUAUAACCUCAUAAAUGUCAAGCUUUACGAUAGAGCUGUCACUUGGCAGAUUGCAACACAAGGUUGUGGGAUAUGAUCUCACGGUAUUGAUCAACAUUUAUAGUUUCGUUACGAUUCGCAUCAUCUCUAAAGAAGUACGUUCCAAUGAUGCCACCAGCCCAUAAACCGCCACAAACUGUGACUUUUUCUGAAUGCAUUGGUAGCUCUUGCAAUGUUUCUGGUUAUCUUCACUGCAAAAUUGUACAUAUUUAUGUAACCAUAUAUCCAAAAAUAAGCUUCGUCGCACCAAAAGUGAGCUCGCGAUGGACUUUCUUAAUAGAGCACGCAUUUUGAUAAUAAAAUACAAUAAUUUGCAAGCGUUGUUCGUUUGUAGGACGAUUCUGGGUUAAAUUAUAGACUAAACUUAAAAUGUUUGACAGUGAAACAAAACACGAAACGUGCGUGAGCUUUUUAAACCAGUGUUGCCAAAAGGAUAAUAGUUAAAACUCACCCUCAGUGUUAUGGCCCUUUUAGACGGCCCAUCAUGAUCGUACUCAUCGUUGGUACGUGUACAACUUUUGCCAAAAACGGUAUACGAUUUUUUCUUUUCUUUGAUUUUAUUCAAUUUUUCAUACUUUACUUCUCAUUUUAUAACUUUAUUUGGCACAAUUAAUGAUUACACAUUUCUUUGUAAACGGUAAUCGAUAGACGCCAUUCAUCGAAAAAAUCAAAUGAUUUCGACUUUUCAGCCAUUACUGAUGGUUAUGUGACGCAUGCACCUUUGUACUCACCAACACUAUUACAAAGAACAUGCAUUAAUGUGCCAUGUAAACUGCGCAUUAGCUAUUACCCUGCAAUCAUUUUCUAUCGUGCGAGUCACUAAAUCUGCACUCAAGGAAGUUGACAAAAAUCUCAGGCGAUGUCAUUUUUUACUCUAAUUAGUGUCUCGGUACGGAAGAAACGUGCCACUUGGCAAUAUAUACCCAUGAGUGACUAAAUAUUUUUAAACUUAAAAAAAGUUUAAAAUUAGAAUAUCAACGUCAUUAUUAAAAAAAAAAAUUUUUGCCUUAUGUUUUUUUUUAGCUUUUAGAGUGAAUAACAGUUGAUUAUGAGAAACUAAUUAGCGAAACAUGAAUGAUAGAAUUCCAAUAGUAAUGUAUUUUGUUGUUUUAAAUCAUAAAAUCUCUACAAACUAUCAUACAAAAGAGGCUAAAAAGUGACAAUUCUGGGUGAGAGUGAGAAAGUCACUUCCAAAUGUUUGGAGGGUAACCACCUUCAUUGGCAAGGGCUGCCGCCACAGUGUACAACACAGAGCUGCAACAACAACAUAGAUAGAUUCGUCAAUGUCAAAAGAGCUUACAACUCUGGAUUAGAUUGAUUGUCUUCCAUUCGCCUGGACUUCAUUUUCGACAUCAACAAACAGACCAUAAACUAAUCUAAACUUUAACUUUUUUUUGUUAAUUUUUUACGGGACCUGCACUAUUUUUAACUUCGUCUUAUGUCAUGUCGCUUUUUGUAUUCACAUUUAAUUGAAAAAGUUGUGAGAAAGCUAGUUAAAUAAUAUAUUGGCGAAAAAAAAAUCACUUGGGGAUGCUUUUAUUCGACUGCUUCUAUGUUUUUGUCACAAGGAAUAGAGCACGCUCUAAUCGGAAAAAAAUAGCAUGUGCUAUUUUGAAAAGUGAUUUUCAUAUGUUAGUUUCGUUUGUAUCACACGACAUGUACAACUCAACAUGUGCUAAAUUUGACAUGUCAUACGACAACUACAUACCGUGCAAUACUGCCUUAUGCCGUUCGGAUUCGACUAUAAAAACCAAGCCCCUUAACAUUGUGUAAAAAAUUGUCUUAAAUGAUACUGCGCUUGGGAAUCUAAACAAAGAUUUUUUUCAUUUUUGCUAUACAAAUAUUUGGCUCUGUUCAUGGUAUCACUUUCUCCAGCAAAAAAAAAAGUGUCAAAAUUAAAACCUUGUCUUAAUAAUUUCGUUGUAAAAUUAUGACAUUUUAUUUGCGUUAUAAUCUCAAGUUGCUCGUAGGGACGAAAGAAAGAUACUGGUCUAGUCAUUCCGAAAUAUUGAUUUGAGACAGCAAUUAAGUAUAUACAUAUAUCCUUGAUGACAAUCACAAUCUGUGAAAAUCACGAGAUCCGGUCGAACGAAUGAAGCUAGUCACUUGAAAUUUAAUACAGAGACUAACUGACUUUCUUAGGGCGCACAACAAGUCGAUUACUGGCUUAGGUGUAUGUCCAUAGUGGCAUGGGACGGAUUAAUAUCUGCACUCUCUUUUCAUCCUAACCUGACCUAACCUAACUGACUUCCAAAAUGUAUCAAUGCAAAGUAUGGAUGCAGUUCUACUGCGAUGUUUAACUUUCGUACGUAUGCAAAGUACCAGACCAAAGCAAAUAUGAGCUUUGUUUACAUGUGCGAUACGAAACAUACGGAAUGCAAUACAUAUUUAGUUUUUUUUUUUUUAUUAAAUAUGUUAAAAAUUUUGAUAGAAGUGUUAAAUGCAUUCAAAAUGUACCAAAACAUGUAUGAAUUUGUUAUCCGGUCAUUUUUUCUUCGUCUUUGUUAUCCAUUUUAUCAUUACAUUCGUUUUCUUCGUUAUCCAUUGUAUGUGUAUGUGCAUCAACAAUCAAUCCGGUGCUAGGUUGCUUUUGCAAUCGGUACAGAUUUGGAUACUACUACUACUUAAUUUCCCAUGAACAUUCCAUUACGGAAUAGGGGAUACUUCUCACAUAUCAAUGAGUGCAGUCCGACUAAUGAUAAUGGGCCUCCCUGUUUAUGCCGAGUCCGAACGGCGUGCCACAUAGCGACACCACUUGGUAGAGAAGUUACAACAUGGCAGGUUACUUACAAAUGCGGCUAGCAUUAGUUCGUAACCACCGCUAAAAAUUUUCUGAUGUUCGCGCCGGGAUUUGAAGCCAGGCGGUCGGCGUCAUAGGUGGACAUGCUAACCUCUGCGCCUCCUUUGGAUUUGGAUAUAGCUCGCAUAUAAGCUGCAAUAAUCCGAUUUGGCUGAAAUUUUGCAAUUGGUUUUCUGUUACAACUUCCAGCAACCGUGCCAAGUACAGUCUAAAUUGGCCUAUAAGCUAAUGUAGCACCCAAAUAAACCUACCAUCAGAUUUGACUUCUUGAGGCCCUGGAUGCUGCAAUUGUUGCUAAAUUCGCACGUAGUUUUAUUAUGCCCUUCAAUAACCGUGCCAAUUACGCUCCAAAUCGGUGCAUAACCUCGUGUAGUAUCCAUAUAAACCUACCGAUUUGGCAUCUUGAGCCUCUGGAAGCUGGAAAUGUUAUCUGAUUUAGCUAAAAUUUGGUAAGUAGUUGUGUUAAGACACCCAACAACCAUGCCACUGUUGUAUGUCCCAUAUAAACCGAUCUGCCGAUUAGUCUUCUACGUGCCAGAAAUUUUUUACGUAAAGUACACAUGUGUCUGGAUUUCCAACAUUCGGCCCCGGCCGAAGACCUAAAACUUUCCUGUAUAUAAGCAAAAUAUUUAUGACUUAAUUUGUUUUAUAUUUUAUUGAAACAUUUUUAAUUUAUGGGUUUUUUUUUUGUUUUUUUUUUUUAUGUGUUUAAAUGCUAAGCUACUAAUUGAAAUGUCUUUGCACUGACAUUCAUAUGUACACACUACACUAAAUGGGAUAAUAAAUAUAUUGAAUUUUGUAAAACUAUGUGAUCGGAAACGAAGUUCAAUAACAGGAUAAAUAUAUAUAUAUAUAAUAAAUUAGAGAAACCCCUCCUAUUUGAAAAUGCAAACAAGAAUGUGUUACGUUAAAUUUUGCAGCAAGAAGUUUAAAAGUUGAUGUACAAGAGUGAAAAAAUGAGAAUGUGUCCUCUUUAACACUUGUGUUGAAGCAGGAUGCUAUGACACGCUUAUAAUGCUUUAUAUUUAUAUAAAACUUCAAAGUAUAUAUAUAUAAACAUACCUAUCUAUAUACAGACACACACACACACAGCAAAAUAAUGUGUACUAGACAUUAUAUACAUUUACACACUCGUAUUACAUAAACACUUCUUUAGGCAACAAAAAGUGACAAAUAUAACACCCUAUAUAGUUUUUAGAUUUUAAUUGUAAAAAGUAAUGCAUAGACUACAACAGGAAACAAAGAGAAAUUAUGGUAUAAUAUGAAGGAAAAGCUAUUAAAUAAUAUAUAUGAAAAGAACCUAUUACUAUCAUGACAAAAAAAAAAAAAACAAAACUUAAAAACAAAUCAUUGUCAUUGCAAUGACAAUUUGAAAAUAAUUGAGAAAUGUUAUAUGAUUAUACCCUACUCCCUCAGAAGUUUCCCCUCAAAGAAAUAGAACGAGAAAUAAUGUUCUUAUCCUAAAUAAAAGAAAAAUUUAUUCGCCCUUUCCCCUUCCUUAUCUUACUGUAAAGUAUGAACAUUUUAAAACCGUAGUCUGAGUAUAGCCUAAUAAAUGACAAAAAGAAAUAUAAUUAAAAAAAAUUCCAACAACCAAUCACUGAAACCUUAAAUUAAUACAAAGCUCCUCUUACAAAGCACUUUAAGAAACGAAACAAAACUGGAUAAUAAAACACACUCUACCUUGAGAAAAAAAAAUAUUGAA